UCUUUUGAGGAUUUGAACAGAGAUGAUGUAAAUCUUUGGGAUGGAGUUGGCUGCGGUGGGAGCCAAAAGUGCGAAAUCGCAUACUUGGAGCGGAUGAGGCAGCAGCAAGGAGAGGCUUGGAAAUAUGACCAUGUCGAUGUCAGCCAUUUCCUGAAGAAAGAGUUCGAAAUUGGCGCUAAAGUUGAUGCGUGGGACGGCAAGCAGUGGUGCAGAGGUACUUUACUCGAUGUUCCCUUGAGGAUACCAGAGAAGCCCGAGGAGGCGAUGCUUGCAGAAGUUGGGCGCGAAAACUUCGUGGACCUGGUGAAAGACUCAUUAUCAACAGAUCUUGGGAUCGUGACAAAUCAGGAUUUUGUAUUCCCAGACGGCACACCUUCGCUCGCUCUCAGACUUGGGAUUGACAACAUUGCGUCUCUCCAGCAUGUACGGAAUGUAGUUUUGAAUAGUGACUUGGAAUCGCGCAUAAAUGAAUCUUUGAAGAAGUGGCAAGUGCACGUGGAUAAGACGCACUUUUGCAAGGUUUUUGAGCGAGAACUGCUAAACCUCUCAGACUUGACAGACCAUCAAAAGGAGAAAGUGAGAGAUAUCAAAUAUCUCAUGAAGCACGGGGAUGUCCACUUGUCGGCUCCUGCAGAAUGCUUGGUCCCUGAAGAUGAAUUGCAAAAUCAUCUUGCUUGGCCCACACGUGGGUGUGAUGUCUAUGAUAGAGCGGUUCUUCACCACAUGGCCCGGACAUUUGUAGCUGCACAGUGUGCAUUAGAUAAGCUCAGAAACAAUCCCGAUGGACAAGUCUUUUUCCUGGCACCUUCCAUUGCCCUUGGCCUGUACUUCGUGCGGUGGCUUGCUCAAAGCUCUUCAAACCGCGGGCAGCUUCACAAGUUGUUGAGGCGCAUUGUGUUGAUGGAACCCCAAAGCCAAGCUUUUCUGAGCUUGCGUAUCAAAGGCGACCGUUUUGACUGGAUUCCGUUGCCCGACAGCAAAAAGCGAUUUCUCUUAACAAUCAUCGAUGAGGCACACAAUUUUUUCUGUAUAGAUGAGAACCACACUUUUCUGGAAGAGAAGAUUGAGGCACCACGACAAGUGUUGCUCUUGUCGAGCGUAUCCCAAAACUCAUCUGGUGCAGUGCAUUUUCCACCAGCGAAGGAGAUCAGCCUGACACAAGUGGUGCGCAGUACGAAAAGGAUAGUGGCUGGUGCAGCUGCAUUUCAAGCAAGUGUGGCAGAAAAAGAGCAGAUUGCUUCCUUAUGCCCAGCUGGGCCUCCCCUGAAGGCUUUCCUCUUCGAGUCUGAUGCACAUGUCUUUGAAGAUUAUGCCAAACAUACUGUGUCUGCAUUGUUUCAUGUGAUGCGCAUAUAUGCUGGCCUCAGCUUCCACAAUCGCUUGGCCCUUUUGGUGCCCAACCCUGACUUUCUGGAGAAGUUCCAAGAUGCCUUGCAAAGACACUUCAAGACGGCACGCCUUGCAGGGCGAAACUUCAAGCUGAUAUCGUUUACUGAGUCGCUACGCAUGCUGCCAAACGUCAAAGUGAAGCAGGCCACACAUGCAGACAAUGCAGAGCUGAUAGUGCUGGACACGGUGGAGAAUGCAAAGGGACUGGAGUCACUCAUGGUGGUGUGCAUUGGUCUGGAUCAAAAAGUUGGUGACCAAAGUGCAAACCAGGUGGGGCGCUCAAACAUAUAUCAAGCAAUCACUCGGGCGCAGCUUCAGGCAGUGAUUGUGAACCAGCUCCUCCGAGGAGGUUGGCUGGAAUUCUUGGGGGUCACAAAAUUCAAAAGUGAUACCUUCAAUGAAUCCACAGCUAUGGCCGAGACCACCACUGCUGCUGCUGAAGCCUUGACGAAAGUGCAGCUGCCAUCGAAGUUGGCAAUUCAGGCCUCGCAGGAAGAUUCAUCGCGAAGAGAAGAUGCCAGGGCGAUCCAAAGAGAUCCUCUGAAGCCAGAUGCUGUGCCACCUUCAAAGCCAAUGUUGGAAGAAGGUCAAGACCCCACAACUGCACCUGAGGCGGGUGACAAGCCCGGUGACAAGUUGGUCGUGGAGAUCAAGGAUUCAUCUGUGUGGGACGCCGAUGUCAUUGACAUCAAGGAGCCGAUCUCACAGCUGCAGUUUGACCCUCGAUCACCCACGGGAAAAGCUGAGGAAGAGGUAGCAUCCUUGGAGGCUGAAGAAGUCCGAGAAGCCCGAGAAGCCCAAGAAGCUGCCGAUGCAGAGGAAGCUGCAGAAUGCGACAACAACAUCCUCCUGGCGGCCAGCCGCGGUCACCUCGGGGGGAUCCGCCACAUCCUGCGGACGGUGCCCGGCGCCGUGGCCGCGAGGGACGUCGUCGGCGACACCGCGCUGCACGUCGCGGCGAUCUACGGCCGCGCGGAGAUCUGCCGGGUGCUGCUGGCGGCGGGGGCCGAGGUCGACGCCAGGAGCAACAAAGGCAAUGCCCCGCUGCACUAUGCGGCGUACGCUGGCCAAGUGGAGGCGGUGAAGCUGCUCCUCGAGGCGAAAGCCUCCGUCACUGUGAAAGACAACGAAGGCAACACUCCGUUGGACGAUGCAAGAAGGAAAGGCCACGACGAGAUUGUAAAAAUGUUGGAGCACGCAGCCUGAAGCUACAAUGAAAAUUGGCAUUGAACGGCUCCGCAAUUGUGUGAUCUUCUGGAUUGAUGUUGAUGUUGGGCCUGUCAACCCUUCCAUGUUUCACACACGCAGAAUGGGUAUCAAAAUGCACAAAACUGUGUAUGAACGCAAUGCGAA